CCCCUCUGGUAGUCUGUGGGAGGGGCGACACCAGCCCGACCGCAGUCAGUCAGUCAGUCAGUCGUUGGGUGCUGAAGCUGACCGGAGCAUCACCGAGAUCUCUCUCAUCUUUUUGAGGGGGGGUGGAUUUAUCCAUCUGGAUGCCACUUUGCUCCACGACUCGCCCUGCUUGUUGCUGAUGGAAACAGACAUCCGCAAAAAUGUGCGCGAAUGUGUUCGGAGUUUUGAAAAGCCUGUUUGGGAAGCCCUUUGAUGGUGGGAAGAGGAUGGACCAUGGCGGUCCACAGCAGCAGCAGCAACAUCCGAUGGAGCAGCAGCAGCAGCAGCCGUAUCACCCGCAGCACCCUGCUAUGAUGCGGCUGUAUGAGGUCCAGAAGGAGGUGGCGUCUCUGGGGCCUCAGGUCUGCACCUUCAGCGGCAUGCAGAAUGAUCGAGAAUACAAACGUCUGGAGCGUGAGCUGACACGGCUGCUGCUGGAGGUGGACCAGGUGGACACGGAGGGCAAACCAGAGCUGCAGGGGGCACGAAAGAGAGCAGCACAGGAGGUGGAGGGCCUCCUGCGCUACCUGGAGGAGAAUGCCACACAUCCAUCCCGCUUGGCCAUCGAGGAGCUGAGCAACGAGGCGCGGCAGCUGGUGGACGAACGCGUGGUGGCACCUCAACGAUCCGGUGGGGUGGCUGAAAUUAGCGACGAGCUGGUGGAUGCUCUCCAAGAGCUCAUUCUCAGGCUCACCCAAGUCAAGACCGAAGGGAGGGUACCGCUCCGCAAGGCGCGCUAUCGGGCACUGACACGCCUGUGCGCUGUGCAGGACGUGAUCGAAGGGCGCACGCAGCAGCAGACGCUCUCCCUGCCGCUGUCGGGAGACACCCAUGAGGCCGUGAACCGCAUCAACCAGGUGAUGGUGAAGGUGAGCGUGGCGCGCAGUCAGCUGGUGGCUCUGCUGAUGGGUCUGAGCGGGAGGGACAGCUGCGCCCACCUAUCACGGAUCCUGACGGAGAUGCAGGUGGAGCUGGAUGCACUGGAUGUUUCCGGAAAAGCUGCGAUCAGAAACUACAGGAAACAGGUGGUGGAGGAGAUAAAUGGGCUGCUGAAACAUCUGGACCUGGAGGGGGAGGGAGACGACACACGCAGGUACGAUCUGGCGCAGAACAACUCCAUCCGUGAAAUCGAGGCUGUGCGAGCUCACGUCUCCCACCUGCGAGAGGGCGUCCUGCGGCACUGCGUGAUGGGGGAUCUGAGCUUCAGGCCCAAAGCCGAGCUGCAGAGCCUCCUCACUCAUCUGGACCAGGUGGACACGGCCAAGAACCCGUGCAUCAGAGAGGCCCGCCGCCGCGCCGUGGUGGAGGUCCAAGCCAUCAUCACCUUCCUGGACCUCCGUGAGGCCCUGGCCCGCCGCCAGCCGGGCCCCAACGAGCACCCUUCGCACCGGGCCGUGUGGCUAGUCCUGGGGAGCCUCUCGGACCUCCAGGCCCAGGUGCUGGGCUUUGACGGCAAGCGGGUCGACAAGAGCUACAUGAUGCUGGAGGAGCUGCUGACCAAACAGCUGCUGACGCUAGACGCCGUGGACCCGCAGGGCGACGAGAUGACCAAGAUGGCGCGGAAGCAGGCGGUAAAGUUCGCCCAGAACAUUCUCAACUACCUGGACAUGAAGACAGACCAGUGGGAGUAUUGAUCCACUUUAAAAAAAAAAAAAGAAAGACAUCAGUGUGGUAGCCGUGUUGCCGGGUGGGGACACCGAUGUGACGUCGCUGCAGUAAAGGAGCUGAUAAUGUGUGUAAAUAAAAACCUGGUACGUUAUCAUUCCAUGGGCUGUAAAUAUAGACUCAAAUCCCCAGAAUGCACUGCAGCAGCGCUUUUCUUUCGUCUCUUUGUGGUAGUUGUGGCCGAUCCUGCUGAGAAGAACACAGAACUCCUUUUGUGAAACACACUUUGGAUUUUUUUUUGUGCGUUUUGAACAUUUUCUUUUGAAAUCUCCCGUGUGUGUGUGUGUGUGUGUGUGUGUGUGUGCGUGUGUGCGUGUGUAUGAGUUGUCAUCUGUCGUCGUAUCAGGCGUGUGUGUGGUGGCUGAAGCCUGCUACCAAAGCACUACAUAAUGCCUGUUCUAGUGGUCGUAUCCUCCAGACUGCACUUGAUAUCGAUGAAGUGUGAUGGAUUGCUUCACAGUGGCUUCCCCCGUCUGGCCUGAUUAAUCUGAGUUGCCAAUAGAGACAGUCAAUGCAUGUGUUGAAUACAGUGACCCAAUUAGACAGAGUCGACCACGGCUACCAGCUCGGUCCAGAUUGUGAUACCUGUUGGUUUGGCGCCAAUUUUUGGGCGUCAAAAUGGCCAACUAUUAUGGAGCGUUUUUAUUUUAUUUUGCUGCAGUUUCGAAUUAAAAUCCGAUUCUUUCUGGCGGAGCAGAUGGCGCGAACAACUGUUAAAUGGGAAUUUUAAUCUGCACUUAAAUUAAGAGGCAGCAUCAAAAGGUGAAACAUUAGAAGCAGAGCUGAGGCGUUCCCACAAACGUAGAGCUGGUGUAGACGCCAGGCAAUCUGUGUUUAAACAGCAGUUUGCAUUAUUCACAUAAGGUCACUCUCCACUCCUGCGUGACCCCGUUUAUCCCCUCUGUGUCUCUGGUAGCGCUCCAAACUCACACGACUGUCAUGGCAGCCGCCCUGAAAAUCCUGCAAACCACAGCUGUCGUUGGCAGGCAGUCAAAUGAGUAAAGAGACGCAGCUGAGAUACAGAUAAAGUAAGCAGGGAACUCAAAAUCUGUAAUGUUGUGAGGAAAAGACAGAAGUACCUUUCCCCUCGCUGCUUGUGUAGCUGUUAGUCUGUAAUAUGUUUCAAAUGUUUGUUGUGACUCUGUACGAUCGCGCUAGGCUAUAAAUGGAUCAGGUUUUUAAAAUUCAGAGAUAGAAGAAGGAGAGGAGGCGAAAUGUUUUUUUGCUGCUGCUUUUUGUUUCUACCCACUGCUUUCUACUGAGUGGAGAAGUGCGACUGUGAGAGGUCCCCGGGGAGAGGAAGAGGAAGAGGAAGGGAGGUUGAGGCGCUGAUAUCCUCUGGAUUGACACAUCAAGGCUGAAGCUCACAGAGCCAACAGUCGGGUCCUGUGCAGUAGAGAGUAUUGAUGGUUAUCACAGUCGACACAGCCUUCUAGAAACUUCUCGAAGCUGCUGC